AUGAAAUGAAUACUGAUAUUACCUAUUUACUUACAUCAUACUAUCUUAUAAUAACAAUACAACUGGACGAGUCAACUUUACCUGAUAAUGCAGCAUUAUUAUUGGCAUAUGUUCGUUUUAUUAUGAAUCAAGAAAUCUACGAAGAACUGCUCUUCGCAAGAACUUUGAUAACCGACACUAAAGGUAAAUCAAUAUUUCAUGUUUUGAAGGAUUACUUCAUUGAAAAAGCAAUUCCUUUAUCAAAUAUAUAAUAUCAGUAGCUACAGAUGGAGCACCUGCCAUGGUUGGACGUUAUCG